CACCUGGCAGGAUGCAACAGUGUACGUGUUGUGCCACAUGGAAGAGGAGGUAACGAAAGCAAACAUGUCGUGGCGUACGUGCAAAAGGGUCCCAGCGGCAAUGAAACGUACCUCAUAGGUGACGAGUUCUGCAGCAGCAAGUCUGGACGGGCCCGUCAGACAGAACCGCUUUCCUCUGACAUCAAACCAGCACGUCAGCAUGUGCAGUGGGGAGUAUUUAAAACACACCAAUAGCUGUCUCAUUUCAUUUCACACACACACAGACACACACAUACACACACAUACACACACACACACACGCAAUCCCUCUCUUCUCUCUCUGGAGCCCCACUGCUGAGGCUUUUUUCUGCAUUCUCUCAUCAUGUUGGACACAUUCGGGUCACACGGUACUGGACUGACCGUCUCAGACCUUCAGCUCAAACUGUCAGACAAGAAGAGCAACCUGCCUCCAGCACCCGGGAUGGGACUGGACAACAACACCGGGAAGAAACUCUUAGAACGAAGUGGACCGGCUUUAUCCAAAAGAAAACUUCUGGUGGGAUUGGACCUCCUCUGCCUCUUCCUCGCAUCAGUCCCUUUCUAUGUGUGUGAGCUGAAGGUAGUGAGACCUUACAGAAGGGGCUUCAUAUGUGGCGACCCCAGCAUCACCUACCCGUAUACACACAGUGAAGCUAUUCCAGAUGGACUUCUCAUCGCCGGUGGAAUCAUCAUCACAGGGUUCACAAUUGCCCUUGGGGAGUGCUACCGCGUGCGCUUCUGCAGCGUUAGCUCCAAGGCUUUUGUCAGGAACCUGUACGUGUCCAGUCUCUACAAAGAGCUGGGCAGCUUCCUGUUUGGCUGCAGCAUUGGCCAAUCGCUGACCAACAUGGCCAAGCUCAGUGUUGGGAGGCUGCGACCUCACUUCCUGUCUGCGUGUGGUGUUACCUAUGCGUCGCUCAACUGCACACCUGGAACCUACGUCGCCACUGUCACCUGUAAGAGUCCUGAUCCCCGUUUAGAGGAAGAGGCCAGGAAGUCCUUCUUCUCUGGCCACGCCUCCUUUGCCAUGUACACAUUGCUCUACUUAGCAUUUUACCUGCAGGCCCGGUUGAAGUGGCACGGGGCUCGGCUGCUGAGGCCGGUUCUACAGUUUUUCCUGGUCCUGCUGGCGAUCUACACCGGUCUGACCCGCAUCUCGGACUACAGGCACCACCCUACCGACGUGCUUACAGGUUACCUGCAGGGAGCUGUCACAGCUUACUGGGUGGCCUUCUUCAUCUCUCCCAUGUUUAAAAGCUCCAGCUCAGACCUGUCUCCGACUGGGACACCGGACAGCUCCUUGUCACCUCACCACACUGCCUGCUAACCCUCACACCCACCAACACCCACCUGCUGCCUGAAUUCUGGUCUGGGUAGACCAGAGAUCUGAAAAAUGUGAGACAAUUUCCUCCGAAAUCAAAUAACAUACCUCAGUGUUUUGACAGUGGGAGCAGAAAUAUUGACUUUGUGAGACAAUGUCUGCAACUCUAAUGAGAAUAACCUUUAGUAUUAGUUGGGAGAGACUGAAACCUCGGCUUCUGUCACGUGAAACGAAAACCUCCUGAGACUGAUCGAAACUUAACGUGUAACUUUUACAUGUCAGACUGAAAGAACUGUAAACACUCUAACUCCAUGCAUAACUUGUACGUAUAAACAUGAUUUUACACCUCACAGGACACUGUCAAGGCACUUUUGAUAUUUUUGUGUUAGUUUUUGUAAUUACCACUUCUAAUAGAAUGUAUUAUGUAUUUCACAAAUAUGGAAUGAAUCAUUUGGCUGCUGUUAAACAUGUUGAAUGUUGUUGAAUGGGAAUGGGGAACAAUAAGAAAUAAAAAGGUUUUCCUAGUGAGUUAUAAUAAUGGAAUUGCCUGUUUAAUAUGUUUUAUAUCAUUUUAUAUAUGAUAAUAUUCAUUAGGAUAAAAAUCCAAUAUACUAUGAUAAGAUACGAAAAAAUGUGACCUAAAGCAUCAAAGCUACAAUAAAUGUUAAGUGCACAUUUACAACUUUGUGAUGCAAAAUGCUCACUAUGUGAUGUGAUAUAAAACAUUAAGCUGCAAUGUGGUACAAUACUGUAAGUGUGUUAUGAUACAACAUACAAUCAAUGUUCCUCUGGGAUUAAUAAAGUAUUUUUGAAUUGAA